CGCAUUAUAGAAAAGAAAACGCAAGUUGGGAUAAUUUAUUUUUGUCGUAUAAAUAACUCUUUAUUCAACAUUGUCGGCAAAAUUAUUCCCAUUUCUUUCUCAUAAAUUAGGGUUUGCGUAGUCUCGUCUCUCUUCCUCUCUUUCCUUCCCUGCGUGUAAUCUCGAAUCAGGCACAGAGAGAGAGAGAUGGGUGGAGGAAACGCACAGAAAUCAAAGAUGGCUCGUGAGAAAAAUCUCGAGAAGGCAAGGCAGGCUGGAAAAGGAAGCCAAUUGGAAGCAAACAAGAAAGCUAUGUCGAUUCAGUGCAAGGUUUGUAUGCAAACAUUCAUCUGCACAACCUCGGAAGUGAAAUGCAGGGAGCACGCUGAGGCCAAGCAUCCGAAGGCCGAUGUUGUCGCUUGCUUCCCACAUCUCAAGAAGUGAUGAAACUAUAAAAAAGGAUUCCAAUGUAAAUGUAUGGAUCCUUCUUCUACUAUGUUUGUAUUAUCAAAGUCUUAAGUGUCUUGUGUCAACAAGAUUAAUGGUUCUGUUUCUCUUUCUACCUAAAGACCUUUUUCAACAAUAAGUCUCUUGCUGUUAUAAUUAUAUCAUGAAUGGAACUUCUUCUGAUGGUUUUUA